AUGAGCAAAGAAUGCGAGGGUUGCAUUCUUGAUGGGACCUUAAAACUCGCCGGCUCGCUUGCCGUGAGACUUGGCCUUUCGCUCGGACUUGGAAUUCAGGAUCCUCAACAUGGGACAGACUGUGAGAGUACCACUACGAGUCUUUGGUGA